ACAGGAAAUUCAUGUCAAGUUGGAUGUUAAAUGUAAAUCACUGCAAGAAAAAGUUCAGUUUACCUGAAGGCGUCUUGUUGAAGCGAUAAUCGGAAUACGUUAGAUCGGCGUGAGAUUUCUGUGUCACCAUCUCAUCCUUUGUUUGUCUUUCUCUCUGUAUUUAUUUUUUUGGCUCUCAUGCAGUUAGUACAAUCAUCCAAACAGGACUCCCACACUGCUGUGGGAGUCCUGAGUUUAUUUGGACAAUGUUGUUUUCAAUCUGCCUCUAGGCCUUUUGUUUUCCUCGCAGCAUCAUUUGACAAUUGCCUACAAUUAUGCAGUUCUAUGCAGUUUGAAUCAAAGUUUUGUUCAAAGUUACUAACACAAACUCUAAAAUGUUCAUAGACCCCCAGUUGUAUUUGCUGAAUUUGCUUUUAUUUUUUUCUGGUACAAUGGCAAAAACAUUUCUAAUUCUAACUCUAAGUAAAUUGGUAGAGUUCGGUGAAGUAGUUGAGAUCUUUGGAGAGGAGAUUCAGAGGAGUAAUGGUGGUUUCUCUGCUUGCUUUACAAUGCAAACAAUAACAAACAUUUGAACUUCAGCAUUUUUAUGUGGUCUUGCUACUAUCACUAACUCAGUGAAAUUAGAUAAAUGACCAUUUCUGGUUUCACAGAUCUUUUAUCUGUUUUUGUGAUCUCACAACUGCAUUCAAUCCUCAAAGUGGGCUUUUAUUUGUCAUUUAUUCAGAAUUUCCUGUGUUUCACUAGUCUUCUAUGAAAGGCCUAAAUAAUGGAGAGCUGCAAACCUUUUCUUUGCUUGUCACUCAUCUCUGUAAAGCCUUUGUUUUUUGCAGUUGUUUGCCAUUUCUCUGUGUCCCCAGGACCUCCUUCCUAAGCGACUCAAUUCAGCUGGAAAGUCUAAUUGUUUUUCAUUCUACCGGGCUCCUGUGGGAACACUCAAUCCUUUAGAAAUAAGUUCAUACCCUUUCCUGAUUUGUGCCUUCCCACAAUGUCAUUGUGAAGGGCAGAGAGUCACCCUGACCCUUCUAUUGGGCAUUUUGCAACAGGUCUGUGAUUCUCAGAAAGGAUCCAGUCAAUUAUGUUUAUACAUGUAACAGAUUUUAGAGUAAACAAAAUGUAUCUGAGGAGUUUGGUUUAGGCCCCAAAAAAAUUAAAUUGUUGCAUUCAUAUAUAAUUACAUAAAUAAAGUUACUACUUAUACCAUAGCUUAUCUACAGCAAUAUAUUCAAGCCCCUCAAACCUUUUUAUGUUUCUUGACUUAACAACCACAAAGUUCAAUAUUUUAUUGAUAUUUUGUGGUAAACCAGCAUAAAAUAUUUGAUAAUUACGUGGACCGUGUGGCGAGACUGGUAUUAUUUUUCACCUAUUUUUCCUUACAAAAUAGCUAAAGCCAAGUAAGUUUGGAAGAAGAGCGUCUGUGAACAUCAGUGUUCAAGUCUUACCACAGAUAUUAACUGUCCCCCCAUCAUCUCUUUAGCAAACUCCAAGUAGGACUUCUAGCUUUCUUUUGACGACGCUCCUCUUCUCGACGUUAUAAGAUAAAAGUCAGACUUCAGAAGAUGUUACUGUAAGAGUCCCAUACAUUUCCUUCUUUGGUGCUAAUGUACUGUGGCUGGGCUCAUAUUGGUCCUCAUAAUGAAUCACAUUAUUCAUGCCUCACCCUCAGUUGAGCAUAUUAUUCUCAUUAGCCUGAGUAAACCAUAUUUUUUUUUUAUCAGCUGGUGAUAUUUUGCUGAUUAUUGUGUAAUGAGAAUACAAAAGCUAAUCACACUUAGCGUCAUGAACUGUCCUCUCUUUGGUUCGCACGAGCAAUUAAACCGCAUUAGUCAUGCAGGAACACGUGACAUGCUGGCCCCCUCCUGGGGUUUUGUUAUUCUUAGAGAAAUUAGAAUUAAUGCAAAAUGUGUUCAUUUUUCCAUGUCAUGGCAGAUUUUCUGCUAGAACGUCUUUCUGUUUGAAAUUGGUGACCAUAAUUUCAUUGACAGGGAUUUUAUCAUCAAGCUGUGAAACUGCUAAAUGUGUUUAUGUUGCAUGUUGACAUAAGCUGUCAAUUUUGUCAUCAUUAUUAUUGUUGGAUGUUUUAUUCAGUACUCUGACUUUAUAAAAUAUUAUCUGUGACACAGUUGGAAUCACUGCAUAAAAAAAAAAAAAACAAGUUGAGAAGUCGUUUUAUCUCGACAGUAAAAUUGUUCUGGAAGUUGCACAAGCCACAGCAAUGACUCUUUCCACUGAAUUAUUGCAAACUAACAGCUUAGCUAAUCAAAUUAUAUUGCACAAACCAGGAAGCUAUAAAUACCCUGUCAACACGAAAACAAUUUCUACUCAAUUGCGUUCGGUUUAUUUCAGCUGUGGGAAACAUUUACCAUCUUUCCUCAAGGAAAAUAAACACACAGAGUCCAACUUGAGAUUCACAACUCUUACAGCGUUACAGAGCUAGGUGUUUCUGAGUCAUUGAGAUGAAAAACACAAAAAUUUAAUAAUCAGGAUUUUUUUUUUAUAUGAGCUAAAGAACAUACCGUUUGUCUUUCUGAUGAGAAAAUGGAAACGCAUGUGCCAAUGGCCCAUGAGAGAGUAUUUCUACUAGCAGUAAAUGGUGUAUUUGUUUUACAAAUAGCUGCACCAAAUAGCUCAGAUAUUGGUUUUAAAGUGGCUCUGUCAGUGCGGUUGUGCCAACAGCAACAACAAGCAUUCUGAGGUCAAACAGAAGGACACAUCAAGGCAGAGGAAUGUAGAAAAAUCUGCUCCUGCUCUAAUGCGCAUCUUAAGACACUGAAUUCAAAAUCACAGUGGCUUGCAAAAGUAUUCGUAGCUCUUGAUUUUUUUUCGUCUAAUUUUUCACAUUAAGACCACAAACUUGUUAAAUUUGGUUUCUAUAUGAUAGAUACAAAAUUGUGAAGCGGAAGGAAAACCAGACAAUGAUUAUAAAAUACAAAUUUGAAAAGAGGGAUGUAUAUUUGUGUUCAGUCUUGAUGAGCCACCAGAAUCACCUACAACUGUCAGCCUUUUGGGGGUUUAGAUCUACCAGAUUUGUACAUUAAGAGACAGAUUUAUUUAUUUGUUUAUUUUUGCAAUUUAGCCAUUGUUAAGCAAUGCUGGAUACAGAGCAAGUGUGAACCUAAGCUUUCAAGACUUGCUGUUGAAUUUAGAAUCAAAACAAGCACAUAGAAUCAUAAUAAAAUAUAUUGAAGUUUGUGUUUGCAAAGUGACUAAAUGUGGAAAAGUACAAAGGGUCUGAAUGCUGAAAGAGCAACAAUGCAAGAGCAACAAUUUCAGGGUAAAAAAUUUGCUCAAUGACUAACGCUGUCAGUGUUUGAGGUUUUUACUGUCAUGUUUGAAGAUGGGGAAAAAAGAAACAAAAUAAUGGUGAGUAAUGACUGAGACUUUGGAUCCACUACUUAGAGGGAUAUUAGAAAAUGAUUGAAACUUUAUAAAAAGUCAUGCAUGUUGAUAUUUUAGUUAAUUUUAAUGUGUGUUCUUCUCUCUUACAGUGCCACUUUUUGUCUGAGUUGCCAGUCUCUCCAUCAUCAACUUAACCCCGUCUUGACGCUGUUAAUGUGGGUCACCACCAACACGAUGAACUACAAUAAUACUCAAUCCUGGCUUUCUAUCAACACCUCAUUUUCCACCCUGCCCAUAACAAACACGCCAGCUAACAGAAGUGGCAUGGGAGCGUAUCUUGAAAGACUGGCCCAUUUAGACGAAGGACUGUACAAUGAUUUCUACGGCCUCUGGAUUGCACUGAUGGUCAUAAACUCCGUCAUAUUCCUGGUGGGCAUGCUGCUCAACACAGUUGCACUUUACGUUUUUUGUUACCGUACGAAGCAGAAGACCACCUCAGUGAUCUACACCAUCAACCUGGCAGUGACGGACCUCUUGGUGAAUCUUUCUCUGCCAACCCGCAUCUCGCUGUACUACAGCGGUGGAGCUUGCCUCACCUGCUCCUACAUGCACAUAUUCAGCUACUUUGUGAACAUGUACUGCAGCAUCUUAUUUUUAACCUGCAUAUGUGUCGACCGUUACCUUGCCAUUGUGCAGGUUGAAGUUUCACGUCGUUGGAGGAACUCCAGCGUAGCCAAGGUGGUCUGUAUUACGGUCUGGCUGUUUGCCAUCGUGGUCACAUACUCCUUUCUCUCCACUGCGUUCCAGCACACGGGCUGCUGCAUCUCAAAGCUCCUCUUCCUCACAAUCACAGAGUUCUUUUUACCCCUCAUCGUCAUUGUGGUUUUUACUCUUCGCAUUAUGUGGGCCCUGACAGACCGUCGACUCAUGCAGCAGAGCAGGAAGCGGAGGAGAAGAGCCGUCCAGCUACUGACUACUGUGCUGAUCAUCUUCACAGUCUGUUUCACUCCAUUCCACAUCAGACAAGUUUUAUUGUAUUUCUACCCUGACAUGUCCCAUCAAGUGAUUGUGUACCACUUAACCGUCACUCUAAGUAGCUUGAACAGCUGUAUGGAUCCAGUUGUCUACUGCUUUGUAACAAAUAAUUUUAAGGCUACAAUGAAACACAUUCUCCGUCGUGCCGAGCCAGAGCAGACCAGUGGGGACAUUGUCAGUAUGCAGCACAGCUCCAAGGCCUCUGGGCGGACAGUUAGCGCCAUCACCAAUAACAGGAUCAUGAUGACCAGGAUUCCCAGCAUACGACUGAGAGACAUUUUGGACAACAAACAUACUCCAUGAAACUGUGCUAGCAAGAGGUGCUUGGUUUUACAUUUGACAGAGAUAAAUAGUUUCUUAAAACAUUUGUUCUUUAAAAAAAAUGCUUUCCCCUGUAAUGACCGUGAAUCUUCAGCUCAGGACUUAUAGUCAAGAUAUAAGUUUUUAGUAUGAGCUCUACAGCUAAAAGAAAUAUAGGUGGCUGUGACCAAUUAUGGGCAAUGGCAAGAGACAGAUUUUGUUUGGAAACAACUAUCAUCAUGCAGAGCCAUCGUCAUCUCUCUCAGUUUUCAUCUGGUGAUGCUGCUUCUCAGAAGACUAAUAAAGGACCUUUGUAUCAUUGCUUGAAUGAGUUAAAGGAUACACAAUGAAGUCUCAUUGAAGCUUCUUCAGAUAUAAUGAAAUGUAUUGACAUCAUUGCAUUUAAAAAUAAAAAAAAGUAUUUGCCUUGUAGGCUAAUGGUUUUA